UAUUGUGACGUAGCUGCCAGCGUGGAACGCAGCCACACGUCGGUCCAGGAAGUGGAGUGUCCGGCUCUGUCCGCGGAUCGGUGACAGCAGACGAUCGUCUCGUUCCCGUCCUCUGCAGACUCGCUCCGGGUGCCAACGUAGUCCAGGGACCGAAGUGAGGCGCACACAAUCUGUAGAUGAUGGAAGGUUCGACGCUCGCUGAAGUCGGAAAGAAUCUGAGUGAAGCAAUGAGAAUCCUGGGAGAUGGACAGAGAGAGCUGAAGCCCACGUCACACACCCAGCGUCUAAGCAGAACCAGCAUCCCUGGACCUUUGCAGGGGGAUGGCCAGGAUGUUGCCUCCAUCCUGCAGUUAGUUCACAGCCUCAUUCAUGAAAAAGAAGAGGAUGAGGAGAAGUCGAGCCAACAGAGGAUGCAGAACGUGGGGGAACAGGGUCACAUGGCUUUGCUGGGCCACAGCCUGGCGGCGUACAUCUCCGUGUUGGACAAGGAGCGACUGUGGAGGCUGACCACACGCAUCCUGUCUGACACCACCCUGUGGCUCUGCCGGCUCUUCAGGUAUGAAAGCGGCUCAGCCUACUUCCAUGAGGAUGACAGGGACGGCAUAGUGCGAGUGUGUAGGCUGGUCAUCAGUGCCCGCUACGAGGAGUACGCCUCCGAGGGAUACACGGUCCUCAACUCCGAGCCGCCCGUCAUUUACCAGAGCUCCUCCUGCAGGACAAGCCUAGGACAGCAUCUGUGCAGCCAGCUCGGUCUGCCCCUCUCUAGUUUGUGCACAGUCCCAUGCAACACGGUCUUUGGAUCCCAACACCAGCUGGACGUUGCCCUGUUGGACAAACUAAUCAAAGAGGACCUGGAGGCAGGGAAGCUUCCUUUGCUGCUGAUUGCCAAUGCAGGGACGCCUGGAGCCGGCCACACAGACAAGCUGGGUCGGCUGAAGGACCUGUGUGAUCAGCACAACAUGUGGUUUCAUGUGGAAGGGGUGAAUCUGGCCACGCUGACCCUGGACCAGGUCCCAUCUGCUGUCAUGGCAGCCACCAGAAGUGACAGUAUGACGCUGACUCCAGGUCAGUGGCUGGGACUGCCUGCUGUGUCCGCUGUUACUCUGUACAGACACGAGGACCCAGCGCUGUCUCUAGCGGCAGGUUUGACCUCCAGUCGACCUGCGGAGAAGCUGCGAGCGCUUCCUCUGUGGCUCUCGCUGCAGUACCUUGGUCACAACGGAAUCGUACAGAAGAUAAGACACUUCACCGGUCUGAGCCAGCAGCUCCUGCAGAAACUCAAGUCUCUGGCCUCUAUCGAGACCCUGGUGGAGGAUGAACUCAGCUCUCCUGUGGUGCUCUUCAGGUUUUCUGGGAAAACGAGUGCAGGGUCCGAAGGGGACACAGUGGAGGGGUACUGUGCUGGGGAGAAAAAGGUUCUUGACGCCUUCAACAGAUGGCUGUGGGAACAGCUGACCCACCUCGUUCCCACCAGUGGAGUCGACGUGGUGGAGCUUGAAGACGAGGGGACCUGUGUUCGCUUCAACCCUCUUCUGACUGCGGCCGCUCUGGGGACCCAGGAGGAAGAUGUUGAGAACCUAGUGGAGAAGCUGACUGAGCUGGUGUCUGUCAUGAGCUCCACGUGGUGCCUCAGACGAGACUUCAGGGAGGAGUGCCACCAGCGCUCGCCUUCGCUCAGAUACGUGGAGGACCUCAGCUGGCCCGGCCUGGGGGCUGUGCGGUACGAACCGCAGACUGAAGGAAUGGACGACAGCAGAAGAGCUGAGGUGCUGGACAAAAUGAAUGAAGAGCUUCUAAAGAAACUGCAGGAGCUUGACACCGACAUUAUAUUUUCCACUGGCUCUGACUUUGGGACAGAGGAAAACUGCAUUAUGAUCCACAUGGUCACUGAGGACGUAGAUGUGUCUGAACUGGCGGCUACAAUAGCUGCCCUGGGGCUGGACAUAGAGGAGAAUGGACGGCUACUGGACAACAUGACAGAGGUUGUGAGGAAAGGCAUCCUGGAGGCAGAGCAGCAGCUGCAAAAGGCCAAUGAUGAGAAACUCAUUGAAGAGGGGGUGCUACGGCAGCUUCCUCUUGUUGGCUCCGUGCUUAACUGGUUCUCUCCAGUGCAAGGCUCCAUUAAAGGAAGGACCUUUAACCUGGCAGCAGGUUCUUUGGACUCCACAGAGAUGACGUACACUACAAAGACACAGGCGGGCAGGUCAUCCCAGCUAGACAGUGCCACCUCCUCCUCAAGGAAGCUACCAGGUCAGAGGUUAUUCCGGCGUUCUGGGGCACGCUCAGACUCAUUUAGUGAGACCAGCUCUGUUGGACAGCUUGAGGAGACCAACAGAGAAGAAACUACUGCUGCUAGCAGUGGCACCUACUCCUCCAGAUGGACACCUGCAGUGGAGGAGGAUUCACACGCCGUCCCAGAGGGAGCUGAGGACUCAUCUGAACAAGAGCAGCCAGCGGCGAAGGAGGCCUCAGAGGAGACGCAGCCCGGAAGCUAGGAGACACCGUCCACCCGCGUCCUCUGGCUGGAAGUAGCCCAGCAGGGGGUCCCUAACGUCGUCAGGCAAACCUGUUAUUCACUAGAUUUAUUUGAUUUUUGCUACAAACUCAGAGGUCUGUCCCUGUUUCCUUCUUUAACCACAGUUACGUGUGUGGUCUACACAUACACGACAAUGUGUUGACUGAGCAGCUAUUGGUGAUUUACUGUACGUUAGGGUCUGUGGUGGCAAACAUAUCUGCCUCUUCUCGAGGGGUUUCCUGACUGUUCUGACUGUUGCCUUUACAUUGAAAUCAUUGAAAUAUGUUCUGCGGUUGAACUCUCAGCAUUGUUGUGGGUUAGGGUUAAGACUCGGACUGUUUCUAGGCUGUUUAAUUUAAACGUAGUUUUUCACUGGUAUCAGACACAAUUUUGUGUUGUUUGGCAUUUUGAUCAUUUUAUAUAGUUUAUACAGUUGGUUGAUGGUUUGAGAGAGGAGCAGCUAAAUACUAACAAAGGUGAUUGUUAAAUGCUAAAUUAAAUUAAACAAUAAAUAUUGAAUUAAAUAUGUUUGACUACAAUGAUUACGCAUUCUAUGUAGAGACAUGUUAUAGCCUUUAUAUUUAAUAUAUACUAUUAAUAUUUAACUUGCCCAAUUACUAAUCAUAAUAAUGUAAUAUUUAUAUGUUUUGAGCAAGAUUUAAAGAUCUAAUUGAAACCUAAUUUGAAGUAUAAUCAGUAGUUUAAACUUUUUUUAUCAUUCAUUCUGCUGCUUCAGUCUACAGUACAUAUGCAAACUAGCCCACAAAAAUCAAACAUAAACACCAAACUGGCCAACAGAAGGAUUAACGGUGAGCUGUUAACUCAAACCACACAGAAUGUAUGAAAGCAGACUCUGAGCUCUGUAUAUAGACGAUCUGCACAAAGACUUUUGUUACAUCCUCAGUGAAGGCUAAAGAAGCUUUAGAUGAGACACUAAGGAAGAGUCUAAAAGUUAAAAAGGAAACAUUAGUAAGGGUUUGUUAAGAGAUUUCAGCUUUAUACUACUUGUAGUUUUGUAUAUACUACUAUGAUACUGGUUGCUUUGAUUUUUUAUGGUGUUAAUGAAGCACAACCUUUUUUUUGACAAUGAAUUUUGCCAUUUGAAGCGAAUGAAUGAUUAAUAACUAUCUGAUAUGUUUCAUGAAGGUGUUUUGAUUUGAUAUGAAGUGUCCUGAACCGUCCUCUCUCUGUCUGAGGGACUGUCUUUAAUCAGCACAGUUGUUUUCUACAAUUACUUAACAUUUCCCUUUGGAUCCGAUUCUUAGUCUUCCUUUACUCACUUUUCAUCUUAAUGGUUCAUUUACAUACAUGCAGCUUUAUACUUGAGUCUUGGUCUCUGACAAUCAAACCAAUGGAUGGUCAACAGUGACAGCCGUACAAAGGUCAAGCUUCAAUAAAAGCACAUAUUGACUUAAUACUAA